UGGAAAAUGGAACUCGAGUUUCGAACGUGCGCUGUUUACGACACCAAGCAGUCGGCCGACUCGGUCGAAUGGUGUCCACACCCGGAAGGAGCGGAUCUAUUCGUCUGCGGAACCUACCAACUUGAGUCCGGUGACCAAACAACUGGCGGCUCCGAUCGGAAAGGGCGGGUGUUCCUGUUUCGGUUCCCCGACGAUGAGGACAAAUGCUUGACGCUGCUGCAAACACUAGAGCGAAGUGCCGUUUUAGACCAGAAGUGGCAUCGUUCCCAAUGCGAUCGACUAGCCGUGGCCGGUUCCGAUGGAUCGAUCCAGGUGUACGAGUUGGCCGACAUGGAAACUCCUCGAUUAGAAUCCCAAGUGAUGUGCAGCUUGCGUGACGAAGAAUCCCCCGUGUUGGCAUUGUCACUUGAUUGGAGCCGCGAGGGUGAUCGUAUGGUCGUCAGCGACUCCGAUGGCACCGUGAAUCUGCUUAGCUACGAUAGCGAACUGAAAACUAUUAACCGAUGGAAAGCGCACGGUUUCGAAGCUUGGACAGCAGCGUUCAGUCGGCAUAAUGAGAACGUAGUCUACAGUGGCGGAGAUGAUAGCCUUCUAUGCGUACACGAUUUGCGCUGUCCCGGUGUACCGGUGAGUAAAAACAAAAGCCACACCGCUGGCGUUACCUCGCUGUUGUCAUUCGAGCACCGGGAGCAUACCCUGCUGACGGGGAACUACGACGGUAAGGUGCGCCUCUUUGACGAGCGACAGAUGAAGGCCGAUGUAACGCAGGCCGACCUGGUGGGUGGAAUAUGGAGGCUCCGGCCAAAUCCUCGCUGUCCCGAACAAAUCAUGUGCGCUUGUAUGUACGAAAAUUUCAGCACCAUACAACUGACGGCCGAUCUUGGUUUGGCGAAAACCGGAGUUUACGAUGCGCACGAAAGCAUUUGCUACGGAUGCGAUUGGCAAGUGGUGAGUCCCAACCGUAGCCCAACAAGCGAUACGUACGUGGCCACCUGUUCCUUCUACGAUCACAAGCUGUGCGUCUCGAAAGUGGUUGAACUUGACCGGUGA